UUCUUUUGCUAUUGUCUUCCCUAGCCUCCCUGUGUCAUGUACCCUCUCUUCUCCCAUUCUUUCUCUCUCCGUAUUGCUUCUUUACAGCUUGAAUAGCUCGGGACCUUUCCACCCCCUUCCUUCUAUCCGUCCCCACCCUUCCUUUGGUCCCCUAGCGUUCCUCUUCCACGCGCAGACGCUGCUCCUCGCCCCCGUCUGCUGCCAUGUCAGUGUCAGUGAGGAACCCGCCACAGAGGCGGCGCUCUAUGGGGACGGUCUCACCGAAACGCCUCUACAGGAACCUGUCCGUCAGGCUGAGGGGCAGCGAGUCCAGCACCGCCAGCGAAUCAGAGGCCCCCAACCGCCAAUACAAGGCCACACCCAUUUACAAAUCCCUGUGGGAGGCUGUGGAGAAUGAGGACACUCUGGCAGUGCAGUGCAUGCUGUCUAAAGACAGAGCGGCAGGUGGAGGAGGAGACAAGGGGGAGAGGAAGGAGAGGGAGAAGGACAAAGGUGUUAACAGCGUGAGCGAGCAGGGCCUGGUACCCCUUGAUGUGGCAGCUCUUACCCACAACUCCCCUCUUCUGCACAUCCUCAUCAAGGCAGGGGCCAGACACAACCCAAACUUGUGUUGUCCCGCUGACUGGUCGGGAAAGCUGGACUCUCUGGUGACGCUGGCCGGGCAGAAGGUGGAGCAGAGGAGGGAGGAGGUGCUGGAGAAGGCGGGGGCGGGGCCACAGGGGCAGGCCGACGCCCAGAGACAGCUGAACAUCUGGACGCUCCGGCGGCAGCUCUACUACAGGAUGAGGGAGUGCUUCCAUCUCACGGUCCUCCCUGGCCCUCCCAGCAAUGUAUUGUUACUGGUAACAAGUGCUACCUCUCUGUCUGUGACCUUCCAAGAGCCAGAGGGCAACGCCACGGGCCUGGUCACCCGCUACAGAGUGGACUGGAGCAGCUCCUCCAGCUUCAAGCCACUGUGUGGCUCCUCCUUGGUGCUGGACACGAAGAGCCUGACCUACAACAUAACCGGACUCCAGUCUGGAGUGCCGUACUUUGUGAGGGUGUGCGCUUACAACAUCAAGGGAUGGGGUCCGUUUCAGAGCUCCAGCCCAGUCAGUGCUGCCCCCUCCAGCUGGAGGGAGUGCAGCGGCGUGAAGGUGCGGAGCAGGAAUCACGAGGCCAGAGUGAGGAGGCUGCUAGAGCAGAUCAGAGAACCACACUACAGAGGAUACUGCAUAGAGAGCUCAAGGCAGCAGGGAUCCAGCAAGCGUCUGUCAAUGUCUCGGGGUCUCAAACAGCUCUUCCAAUCCGCCACUAAGUUUGUUCGUCUGCUUCAGAGGGGAGUAUACCUGGCGGCUGUGUUCUACCACAAAGAUAACAUACUUGUCACUGCGGACGACCAGAUCCCCUUGGUUGAGAUCCAGAGCUGCUCCACCUCCGUCACACAGGACUUCCUCUGGUUUGCCAAGCUCUCCUGCGCUUGGCAGCAGGUCCCCUGGCUCCAACAAGCUCUCUCCUCUUCCCUCUCUUCCUCCUCAUCCCUUCUUCAGAACAGACACAGCAUCCUGCGGGCUGUGGCACAGCUACAGUCCUCUCUUGGGACAGUUGAUCUGGGGCAGGUGUACUACGAGCCGCUGAAGGACAGACACGGGAACGUCCUGCUGUUGACAGUGAGGGAGUGCGCACCCACUCCCCACUCCCCUGACCCCCCUCUGCACUGGACGCCCCUGUCCCGCCUGGACAAGAACAGGCACAGGACCCCUCUGCUGCCAGAGCCAACGGCGGUGGACACUCUUAACGAGCAGCUCAAGGAGAAGCUGACCUAUCACAGACGCAGUGUCCAGCGGGCCCAGGCUGGCCUGUACGUGGGGGUUCUGAAGCUCAGCAGCUCGGUGGAUCAGAUCCGAGUUCUGGUUCCUCAGAAGACGCCCAACCUGCUGUGCCACGCCAGGGUUCGCCAUAACCACCACGUUUCCCGUGAAGAGUGGGCGUGGCUACAGAGCCUGUCUGUGAUUGGCCCCACUGGGAACGGUCAGUCUGUGACUGGUGAUUCAGGCGACGCAGACCCGGCGAUUAUGGAGAGCUCUGAGCUGGGGGAGUUUGUGAGGUCUCUGAGAACUGCAGUCACUGCCCUGCUAACGAAGCUCAACAUUCCCCUCUACAGGGCGUAUCAGUACCGUGUGUACACACAGGAGCUGCUGCAGUUUGGGGACCAGGUGUCCCUGCUGCUGCUGCUCCCCCCCAGCGAGGACCUCAGCGCCAGCCCCAGCCCUCGCCCCACGGAGUGGGCAAAGGACCCCAGCCUCACGCUGCCCCUGCAGGUCUUUGAGCUGGUGCAUUUUUGGGCAUAUGAGCGGGACUUCCUGUCCCAGUAUUGCCAGGCUUGGGUGCGUUUGGAGCUGGAUGCCCAUCUAUCCCAGCAGGCUUUGCGAGAGGCCCUGGACAGCAGGGAAGUACAGGAGGCCAAGGAUCGUGUGAGCCAUGUCACACAGCUCUUACAGAGUCUGGACUCGAUGUGGCGGGAGGCGCGCUGGAUCACAGAUGUCCUUCAGCACGUACGAGCCAAACACAACGCCGGGAUGGCUCAGCUGGGCCGGGUCAUGGGCGGGGAACCGCCCAUUCCAGAGACCAUUCCGGAAGAGGAGGAGAGGAAGGAGAACCCUGCAGUCUUCCAUUUACGCUCCCACAAACAAAUCUCAGAAAGUGUGACAACAUUUGACGCGGACGAAGUCUUCAGCAGUGACCCUGGUGUGCCAGCGGACAGCGCUGGAGACCUUCAGGAGGAAAUGGCCCCCGGCGACGGGGGCAGUGGAGUUCUCUGUGCCCAAUCAGGAACAGCCCUCAGCCAUUUCUCUGAUCUUUCGGCCCCUAGCUUGUCAGGGGCAAGCUACGCGUGUGGACCGCUGGUGGAGUCCACGCUCCCUGAAUUGAGGUUGGUGCUGCUGGGAAAAACCGGAGUGGGGAAGAGCACUUCGGGGAACACCAUCCUGGGGCGGGCCGCGUUUCGGGCCGACAUCUCCCCCAGGUCGGUGACCAGCCAGUGCGAGAGGCAGAGCGGGGAGGUGGGCGGUAGGACUGUCUCGGUAAUCGACACCCCGGGGUUCUUCGACACCCGCCUCUCCAUCCAGGAGGUGCUGGGAGAGAUGGGGCGUUGCGUGGUUCUGUCCAGCCCGGGACCCCACGCCUUCCUGGUGGUGCUGCAGUUGGGGAGGUUCACCCAGGAGGAGAGGGAAGCCCUGGAGUGGCUCCAGGCUACCUUCGGAGAGAGGGCGUUAGAGUACACCAUGGUGCUGUUCACCUGGGGGGACCAGCUCAGGGGGAAGGCCAUCGAGGAGUACCUGAAGGACAGCGAGGAGCUGGAGGAGUUUGCACGAAGCUGCCGGGGCGGCUACCACGUCUUCAACAACAACAACGUGGCGGACGACCGCACCCAGGUCACGGAGCUGCUGGAGAAGAUCGCCAAGAUGGUGCGAGAGAACGGAGGGGGGUGCUACACGAACGAGAUGUACCAGGAGGCGGAGGGGGCGAUCAGGGAGGAGCAGGAAAGGAUGCAGAAAGAGAGAGGGGGGGAGCUGCACAGGGAGGGGGAGGAGCCGAUGAAGUUCGAGGGGGACGAAGCGGAGAGGACGAGAAAGGAGCAGGAGGAGAAGAGGAGAAAAGAGGAGGAGAAGGAGAGGAAGAAAGCGGAGAAGCUGUUCUGGUGCGAACUCGUCACCGCGCUGGGGAAGGGAGCAGCGGAGGGAGCUGGAGUGACGGGGAAGGGAAAAGGUGGCAAGAAAGUGAAAGCCAUACAGAAAGCGGCAGCCAUCGCGUCGACACCGCUGUCACUGACGUCCGCAGCCAGAGUGGUGGGAGGGGCCGUGAGAGAGGGCGGGAAAGUGCUGUACAAGCACCGCAAAACGCUCCUUCACUGAGCCGCCACCCGGCGAGUGUCAUCCAGAACUGCUCUCGCCCUCAGAUCAUCUUUUGGGCUGUGA